AGUAUUUUUUAGUAUUAGUCAUCGGAACGAACGUUAAACCGAACUAUACGUUGAUUGUUUUAUUAUUAAAUCAAUUCUUGAAUUACUAUUUUAGAUUCUAUAAAAGUGUUAAUACAUAUUUUGUAUAUUUGUAUUUCUAUUUCAACAAAUUAAUAAAUUUUAGCUAAGAUGUCCUCUCGCAAGACUGCUGGUCGUCGUGGCACCAACAAAAAGCGGGCCCAGCGUGCCACAUCCAAUGUAUUUGCUAUGUUUGAUCAAGCACAGAUUGCAGAAUUUAAAGAAGCAUUUAACAUGAUUGACCAGAAUAGAGAUGGAUUCGUUGAUAAAGAUGAUUUACAUGACAUGCUUGCCUCUUUAGGCAAAAAUCCAACGGAAGAUUAUUUGGAAGGUAUGAUGAAUGAAGCUCCGGGUCCCAUUAACUUCACCAUGUUCCUAACACUGUUUGGUGAGCGCCUACAAGGAACUGAUCCAGAGGAUGUUAUCAAAAAUGCCUUUGGAUGUUUCGAUGAAGACAAUACAGGUGUGAUAGGAGAGGAGCGUCUCCGCGAAUUAUUGACGACGAUGGGCGAUCGUUUCACGGACGACGAUGUCGACGAAAUGCUUCGUGAAGCUCCAAUUCGGGACGGUAUCUUCGACUACGUUGAGUUCACGCGCAUACUUAAGCACGGCGCUAAAGAUAAGGACGAACAAUAAAAAAAGUAACGAUCGGCAGGUUGAAUAACUUUAUUUGGGAGUAUUUUUUUCUCUGUAAAAUUUAUGACUGACUAUAAAUAAAUUCGAAGAACUAUACAAAAGAGAAACAACUGUUAUGUUUUAACGUUGCAGUUAUUCAUUUUAAAAAUGUUUCAACCUGCCAUUAUAAUGUAUAAUCUUUUUUUUUUUUAAAUUAUGUAACCAUAUACAUUAUAUGCCAAACUAAUCCAUUUUAUAUAAGAUCUACUAAAUCUUAUUAGAUAUAAGUUUGCUUGUAUGGAUUUCGUCAAUCUCAAAGGACACCGCGGUGCUAAGAAUAGAGAUAUGUAUUAGAUUUGUUGCGAUUUCGAUUGAUUUUAAUCAUGCAUUUGUUAUAAACAUUUCCAAUAUUAUUAGGUUGAGUGUAAAUCGUCCGUUUUUUCUUUUUUAGUUUAUGCGAUUAUUUAUUAGCGUUUAUUUGUACUUAAUUGUUCCGAUUUGAUGUUCAAUAAUUUGUUCAUGGAUUUCUGAAAUUAAUUAAAAAAUGUCCGCAUGAACUAAAUUCUACGGAAAUGUGAAUUGUAUGUGAUUCGAAAAGUAUUAAGUCAUUCCGUUUUGUAACAAGAUUGAGCUAAUUAUUGUAUGAAAUUAUGUUUUUGAAGUAUAAAAUCCGACUUGAUUAUGAAGUACUAGUAGUGUAGUAUAAACUAACAAUAAAUAUUAUCAGACUACUAACCAAUCAUGUGUAGUUAGAAACAUAUUAUAUAUUCAAUGAUUAUGUAUUUAUUUUGCGUUUUUCUUAUAAACCCUUUUGAACAUUA